UUGUAUGCGUCUGUGUUCACACUUGCAGGCCGGCGCCUUUUCAAUUUACCAUCUACAAAAGAAGCAGCCGAUGCCCAAAAGAAUUACGUAUAAAGUGCAAGGUAUCUUAUAUGCAUUUACAAAUAGAUUUCAAUAUAUGAACCAUAAUCCUGAAAUUAGACGUACUCUCAUGAGACUCGAGCAAACCCAGCGCAGCAUGAUUAGCAACUGUGCUAACCGCUUUGUUUGUACACCUUUUAAAAGUCUGUCAGCCAUUUAAAUGCAUGAAAUAUGCUCGUUUUGCAAUGACGUCGUAUUAUAUUCAUCAUUUGCUCAAGUUAACAAAGUUCGUUAAAUUGGUGAUUUACUUGCGCCUAAGACUUGGCUAAAUUUACCUGAUUUCAUGUUACCUUAAUGUUUGGUAUGUAACGUUACAGAACUCCGUACAUUCGUAAACCAACCAUGAUACAGUGAUCCUAGAUGUAUGUUGUAUUUAAUUCUUAUUUUUAACUAUUUUUAUUUUGUGAUCAUUUAAAGUUUGUUGUUCCCUUCUUUUGCAGUUUUUUAUUUGUCUAGACAUUUUUGGGAACCAUCUUGGUGUGUGUAAGCAUGUGCACGACCUCGUAGCCUUUUCAUUUCUUGGGAGAGUGAAUGCAUGAAUGAAUGAAUGAAUGAAUGAGUGAGAGUGUGUGGUCUCUGUGAGACUAGCAAAGCCAGUGAGAGGGGUUGGCAUCAGCCUCACAUUGAGGAGUAUUGUUGUGAAGUGUAUGCAUGUGUGUCAUCAUGGGGGACGUCAUUGACCUGGACAGACAGAUCGAGCAACUCAGACGCUGUGAACUUAUCAAGGAAAAUGAAGUCAAGGCAUUAUGUGCCAAAGCAAGGGAGAUCCUGGUUGAAGAGAGUAAUGUUCAGAGGGUAGAUUCCCCAGUCACAGUAUGUGGUGAUAUACAUGGCCAGUUCUACGAUCUAAAAGAGCUUUUCAGGGUGGGAGGUGAAGUUCCAGAGACAAACUACCUCUUCAUGGGAGACUUUGUGGACAGAGGCUUCUACAGUGUGGAGACGUUUCUAUUGCUGCUAGCAUUAAAGGUGCGAUACCCUGACCGGAUAACACUAAUAAGAGGGAAUCACGAGUCAAGGCAGAUCACCCAAGUCUAUGGCUUUUAUGACGAAUGUCUUAGAAAAUAUGGCUCUGUUACAGUAUGGAGGUACUGCACAGAGAUCUUUGACUACCUGUCUCUCUCUGCCAUUGUUGAUGGCAAGGUAUUCUGUGUGCAUGGUGGCCUUUCCCCAUCCAUUCAAACUUUGGAUCAGAUCAGGACCAUUGACCGAAAACAAGAAGUACCUCAUGAUGGACCCAUGUGUGACCUACUGUGGUCUGACCCAGAGGACACCACAGGGUGGGGUGUAAGUCCACGUGGAGCUGGGUAUCUGUUUGGUAGUGAUGUGGUAGCACAGUUUAAUGCAGCCAAUGAUAUCAGCAUGAUCUGCAGAGCUCAUCAGCUGGUUAUGGAGGGCUACAAGUGGCAUUUCAAUGAGACCGUGUUGACAGUGUGGUCUGCUCCCAAUUACUGUUAUAGGUGUGGUAAUGUGGCAGCCAUUUUGGAACUUGAUGAACAUCUCCAGAGGGAGUUUAUCAUAUUUGAAGCUGCUCCUCAGGAAACCAGAGGCAUCCCCUCAAAGAAACCAGUGGCAGACUACUUUCUUUGACCUUUCGGAUUGGAAGCAUCUGAAAUAGCUUUUAAUUUUUUGAACUAAAUUUUAUCUGCACAACAUUAAGUACUUCUGUGAAUGGACCAGUUGCGGCAUUUACUGCCUGUUUCUAAUUUUCUUUCACAUUAUUCCUCACAAACUUGUUUCUUACAUCUUGUAAAAUGUAAGUAUUGAGACUCUCCCUAUUUGUGUGAUAGUUUUGUAUUUUUGAACUUUGAUAUUUUUUCCAACUAAACAAUAAAAUGUUUGGAUUUAUAUAUGUGCAUACGAAUAUCUAUGCAAAAAUGUGUAUACUCAUAAACGUACUUCUCAAUUUAUGGUUGGAUAAUGAUGCAGAAAAUAAAGUUCUUUAGAUUUAAACAUCUGAAAGUGAUUAUAGUCAGUUCACUAUCACUAUUAUCAUUACACAUAUGUAACAGCACAGCAGAGAUCUUAAGUAUUUACCUAUGGCACUGGACAGCACCACCUUUUAAGAUAUCAGAUGUUUCCUUGGCAAAUGACAAACCUGGGGCCCAUUCGUCAUACCUUGCUUACUACAUCCAAGAUCAAAUGAAACAUCCGAGAUAGCCUAAUCAUGAUCUGGAUAAUUUGGUUCGUCGAAAGCACCUGUUGUUGAUGAUUAGUAUAUCUGGAUUAAAUUGUCUGGGAUCAUUGCAAGCUCACAAACUGUUUGGAAAGGCAGCAUACAGUAUAUCGAUAGAAGAACCAGUGAUCAGCAGUGCUGCUAUUGGCUGGUUGUUACGUCAAAAGACAUAGUUACGUCCAUAUUAUUUUUGGAAGAUUAUGACAAAUUUUAAAACUUUUUUUAAAAUGUCAGGAACACUUCAAACGAUGCACAG